UCCCACCUAACCCCCCCCCCACAACUCUCGCGAGACCCUGGCCUGACUGCGGCGGCGCGGAGACGCUCGCCAUGGAGGAGGAGGGCGGCGCGCGCGCGGGUCUCUUGGCGCUGGAGCUGCUGGUGGAGUGGGUGCGGCUGGAGCCCCAGCUGCUGCCCGCGCGCGGCCCCCUGCGCCCGGCCGUGGCGCUGCGGCUGCUGGACUUCCCCACCUUGCUGGUGCACCCGCCCGAGCCGGGCUGCUCGCCGGGGCGGCUCGUCCCCUUCGGCCGGGGCAAGUCCUGCCUCUUCCGCCUGGGCCCGGGCCCCCUGCGGGGCCUGCUCCGCCGCGCCCCGCUCUACGCGCUGCUGCUGGCGCUGCCCCCGGGGCCCGGGCCGGCCCGGCUGCUCGGCAGCUGCUGUGUCUCCCUGGCCCCGGCCGCCGAGGAGCUGCUGCGGCCGCCGCAGGGCGGGGCGACGCCCGGCUCCCGGAGCCGCAGGGGCCGUUACCCCCUGCGGGACCUCAUGGGGGAGCGGGUUGGGGAGCUGGCCCUGGGCUACCGCCUCAGCAGCCUGGGGCCGGCCUUGCUGGGACACCUGCCUGCGGGCCUGGGGCAGGGGGUGGCCGGGGGAGCGACGCCGCCCAGGCCCACCUGCCCCCCGGAUGCCCAGCGCAAGAGCGAGCCCAGGCCGCAGGGGGCCCUGAGGGAGCAGGCGUCUGAGCAUAGUAGGCACUCCAUGUCUAUCGGCGUCCAGACGGAGCCGCAGGGCAGGGAGGAGCCUGAGCACAGCGGCCAAGCCUCUUCCCCCGCUGGCCAGACCCAUCUGCCUUGUGCGGAGGAGGUGAGGGAGCUGGAGAUAGAAGCAAACAUCUUCUGCCCUCCCCCCUUGUACUACAGCCACCUGCCCACAGAGCCCCCACCAGCCCGGGUCCCUGGGAGGCUGGCAGUUGCCCAGCCUCAGGCACCAGAGGAGCAGAGCCCAAGUGCAACACCAGCACCGUUACAGGAAGCUUGUCCAGACAGAGGUUGGACUUCUGGUUCCCUGGCCCAGUCGCUGGGUAGUGCCCAGCAGCUCAGAGAUGCUCUAAGAGAGCUGCCUCUGGUCAACGCUUUGCUGGUAGAACUAUCCCUGCUGAGUAAUCAGCCCCUGCACUUGGGACCUUCUACUGUUCACCCCCAGCUGGCCUGGCUAUACCGAGAAGUAGAAGAAGCUGACAUCAAGACCUCAAGACCUCUUACUAAAAGCAGAUGGCCAGCUGGGAAAGAUAAGAAAACACUUCUUAACCCCAGAGAAAGGUUCAAAAGAAGUCAGCAACAGUUUUGUAAAUUGGGGGGUUCUUCCUUACGAGAGACCGGAGCAGGGAAAGGAACCGAGAAAGCUGCAGCAUCAAGAAACAACGGUUUUGAAAAGAAGAGUGGAACCAAAGAAAAGACACCCCCAAGGAAGAAACUGUUUUAUGGACUCACAAAUACACUAAGGUUACGAUUACAGCAGACCAAUCCAGAUAUGUUAAUACUUCAUGAAAGAAGAGAACAAUAUAGAAAAAGGCAGGUAGAGAUGCUGAGAGAAAAAGGCAAAGGGCCUUUGUCCAGAGGAAAACUAUUCAGAAACACUGCUGAACAGCAUCUGAUGUCUUACAGGCAUCCUGCUGAGGGAAGAAUUUUAGAACAAAAUAUUCAGCUUGAUGAAAAUAUUGAGACUUUAAUACAAAGCAGUAUUGAAAAAGAUCACUCCACCACUAUAAUGGAAAACAUUUCUGACCUACAAAAACAUGCUGCUCUCAAUAGACCGAACAAUCAUGAGGAAAAUGCUAAGGAAGAGAAUCCAUAUGAAGUGAAUACAAACUUUUCACUGGAAGUAACUACAAUUAAAACCCCUUACGAAGUAAAGGGUGUGAAAGUCCACCUGCCAAGAGCUUUCACACAGGAUACUGAUGCAAAGAGAAAUAAAGUAGAUGAGGAAGCAGUACGCUUUAUUCAUGACAAAGACACGGAUAACUAUAAUGCUUCCCCAUUGGGUGAUUAUCCACCAGGCCAAAACAACAGUUUUGAAAGUAACCCUGAACUCAAGUAUUCAGAUGACUUUGUUGGCAGCCCUGAGAACACAGGCUAUUCAGAAGAUUUCACCAGUGCUGCCGAUACGGGCAGAGGCUCAGAAACUCUUGAUAGCAGCCCAGAGCCUGCACUGGUAAGCCCAAAGCAAGCUUGCUCAGACAUGGAGUCAGAAUCCAAGAAAUCCAGACUUUCUGAAAAAAGUCUGAGAACUGAAAGUAUUUCAGCUCCUCUACCAGUUCCUUCAACUGCAUCUCUAGUCCAUUCUCUUAAAAGAACCUAUGAUUUAAAAGCAAAAAAACAGAAUACAGGUGCGGCUGUCGGUGUAUCCAUUAGUGACUCCUCUCCUCCUGCAGGUUCAUUAGAUAAGCAGGAGUUAGCUUCACAUAUCAAGGAAGAAGAUAGCAAAAUUGACCAAAAUAUUUUCCAGGCCCCUGAAGUGAAGAGUAAGCAAACUAAUUCUGAUAUAAAUAGUGUAGUAAAGGGCCAGACCUCUUUGGAAAAGAGCCAGUCUCUGAGGACAUCUCAAGUUAGCUCCUAUUUGCCAUCCAACAUCUCUGAUCUUGAACUUAGUGGUGUGGAAAACAAUACAUCAGACAAGGAAGAGGAUGACGAUUUUGGGACACUGAGUAUUCCUAAUCAAUAUAAGCACAUCAGUGAACUAGUAGUAAACGAGCUUCCUGGAUACACAAUGUAAUCAAUAUACACUCUUCGUCAAAACAAUUUUUUAUUUUUGUAAACUAUUAAGAUAUUUGUAAUUGGAUGUAUAUAACACAAAUGUUUGGCUUUAUGAAUUUAAUAAAUUGCUGUUUUUGUUUUUAUAAAAACAAAGAUUGUAACUUUGGUGUAUAUAAUAUAACUUCAAUAGUCUAAGCCUAGCUUUAAAGGAAAAAGACAAGCAAACAAGUGUUAAAAUAACUCAUCUUUUCAAUUGUAGAAAUGAAAAUGGAAGCAGUAAGCCUUCCUAGAAUAUCCAAAGACUUGUCAGAAGAAAAUGUUAGUGCUAAAGAAACAAUCAUGCAGUUAAGUUAUGAGUACAAAUUAUGUCUAAUCAUUUUUAUAAACUGAUAUUUUAAACAGUCACCUUUUUCACAAAAGUAAUCCUUACACUUCCAGGAAAUGAAUGCAGUACACCUGCUACUUAAUGCACAUAGCCUGUCAUAAGCAAUAGCAGUAUAGAUUGUAAAGCCAGAACGAAUCAUUAUGAUAGUCUAGUCUGACUUUCAUAUCUAGACUAUCAUAAUGACUAACACAGGCCAUAGCAUUUCACCCAGUGUUUGUAACACUGAUCCCAUUAACUUGUGGUUAAACUGAAGUAUUCUCACCUUUUCAAGUUGGGGGACCCUUAUAAAUUUUCAUGACCCCUUACAUCUAUUAUAAAGGAGUAAACCAAAAAUGCUGAUAAGCCAAUUUGUGUGUAUUUCAGAGGUUGACGCUAUAUUUGACCUUGAAAGAUAAGUUUGGAUGGGGAGUGGAAGAAAAAUUUUCAUUGCUUUAGAAUGUAAUAAAUUCAGAGUCCUCACAACCCUCCUGAUUGCCUUUUAUGAUUUGUUGGUUGCUAAACACUGAACUAAGAUAUAUUUUAGAAAGACAUUAAAUCUUUAUUUAAAGAUGCCAAGUGAUGGAGAAUUUACAUCCCUCAGUAAUCUCCAGUGAUUAGUUACCCGCUGUUACAUUUAUAUUUCAUUUCCAGUUUUUGUUUUUCUUGAUUUCCACUUCCAGCUAUUGAAUGGUUAUGCCCUUUUUCUGCUUUUUGACUUAAUUCUGUUUUUAAGCAUCUGUCCAAAUCCAUACUGUCCGAGGUAUUCUUCCAAUUACUGCCUUUUUUUUUGCUUUUGCCUGUAGGCCAAUACCUCUCUAUUCUACCUAAAUCACUUUAUUAUUAAUAUGCUUUGAGAGUAUUGAAUUCCCAUUACUGAGAAUGAAACUGUGUUGUAAUUUAAAAACAAGAAAACAUGGUUCCUGUACUCAAAGUAAACUACAGUAGAGCUGUGUAAAACUUUUAGACAUCGUUAUUUGAUGAAAAAUGCAGUUUUGGUUGACCAGAAACUAUGUGCUAGUUAGACAUGAAGAGUCAAAAUUGCCAGAAAAGGAGGAUGAGGUAGUGGUAGUGCAGUCACCACCCUCGUGCUUCCAUUUUUGUCCAGUGGUUCAGGCAAUCACCUAGGUUAUGGGAGACUCGCAUUCCAAACUGUUUGAGAUUUGGUUAAACCUGAACCAUUCCCCCACCCCCGCCCCCCGAACGGCCUCCAAACUGGAAAACCAGUUAUUCACCCAGCUUUAAUCUUCAGUCAAAUGUGACUGGGGAUAACUUUUUAAAAUUGUUCUACUUCGUCGGCUCAAUUCCAGAAAUGAAGGGAGGCUGGUAUCCUGCUGUCUUUGGUGUUGUAUCAAACAUGAAUGGUAUUUGAAUAUAAUAAAUUGUUUUACUGAUA